UUGCAGCCCUCUCGCACGCGUUGGCGCUCCUGAAAGAUCUAACGAACGGAGGUAUCGGAUUUCUUAUUAUUCGCUGUUUGUUGUCCUGAAAGAUCUAACGAACGGAGUUCCUCCACAAGGGAUAAUCAGAUUUUGGUUAUAGAACAGACUCAGAAGAUGAGUGCAGCUGGAGAGAAAGCUUCUGGAACCACAAAAACUCCCGCAGAUUUCCUUAAGUCAAUCCGUGGGAGACCUGUGGUCGUGAAACUGAAUUCGGGUGUUGAUUACCGAGGCAUUCUGGCUUGUCUUGAUGGCUACAUGAACAUAGCGAUGGAGCAGACCGAGGAAUAUGUAAAUGGACAGCUGAAGAACAAAUACGGUGAUGCUUUCAUCCGUGGAAACAACGUUCUUUACAUCAGCACAACAAAGAGGACAUUGGCAGAUGGAGCCUAGACUCGAUGUUUGUUAUCAGUGGCCAUUUUUAUCAUUCUCUGAUGCUUUCGUCUGAAACAGCUUUUGCACUUUGACCUCUAUAACAUUUUUGGGCUGCUGGAGUCUAUCACCUCCGGUAGAACCGUAAUUUUCAAGCCUACGUUUGAUAAAAAUGAAUGUGAUUCGACCAUAAAUGGCGCCCAUCAGGUGGUCACUGCCCACAUUCUGGUCUGCAGUGACUAGUGCUUUCCAUGUU